AUGUUUGUGCUGUCGCCCCGUGCCAACCCCGGCAAGACCAACCCCGGUGGCUGCCAACCCCUGCGGCUGCCCAUGUCGUCUAUAGCUAAAUCCGCCACUGCUCUAAACUUCACUGAAUCAUAUGUAUGUGGUGCCAAGGAGCUGGCAUUCCUAUUGGAGCCCAGCGACGUCAUCGCUGUGCGGGAUCGACCGCUGAUGCUGGACUGCCGGGUGGAGGGCGAAGGUACCAUCUCGAUCACGUGGCGCAGGAACGGGGUACCCGUGGUUGUGGAGGAGCGGGUACAGGUGCUGCCCAACGGGACCCUCUUCAUUCAGAGCUUCCAGAAACGACUAGAGAGAGGCGGAAGUGAGACGGAUGUUGGAGAGUACGACUGCGCCGCUCAGAACCGCUUUGGCAUGCUGGUCAGCCGCAAGGCCCGGGUUCAGCUUGCAUGUGAGUUCCCCUCCCUUACAUACCGUUUCACCUAG